AUGGAAAGACAUGCCCUUGCUGACAAAAUACUUCUACCUCCCAACGAGCAGCGUGUUGUUGAGAGGAGAGCGCUCCUGCUGACAAUGUCAAAGGGCGCCGCCAGCCUGGGGAUCGGGCUGCAGCUGCCCCAGGACCAGCAGUGCCCGGAGCCCGGCCGCAGGCUGCGGGGCUUCCGCUGGGUCACGGGCGAUGAGAGCACGGACUACGCCAACUGGAAGCCGGGCGACCCCAGCUGCGGGCCCCAGUGCGUGGCCGUGGCCCCGGACCUCUUGUGGGAGGCGAAGCAGUGUGACUCCGAAGCAGACGGCUUCCUGUGUGAGUACAAUUACCCCGGCACGUGCCCCAAGCUCUCCCCGGGGGCAGGCCUGGUGGUGACCUACACCACCCCCUUCGGGGUGCGGGACAGUGACCUCCUGGCCCUCCCGCCCCAAAGCACGGCCUCGGCCCCUGGCCUGGGCGUGGAGCUGGUGUGCCAGGAGCACAGCAGCGGGGGCUGGCGAUGGAGCUCAGCCAGCCGGGGGGCCUGGCACUGCCAGCUGGAGAACGGGGGCUGCGAGCAAUCGUGCCAGUGGGACGGCGGGAGCCCGCGCUGCGCCUGCCCCCAGGGGGAGCAGCUGGAGCAGGACGGACGCGGCUGCUCUUCCCUGUGCGCCAACGCGCCCUGCGAGCACUUCUGCACCCCGGGCACCGGGAACUUCACCUGCAUCUGCUCCGAGGGCUACGAGCUGGCGGGGGACGGCGUCCACUGCAAGGACAUUGAUGACUGCAAAGCCACGCCGGGCGUCUGUGAGCAGGUUUGCACCAACACCGACGGGGGCUUCGACUGCGAGUGCCACCCGGGCUACGAGAUGGUGGACGGCAAGUGUGAGGACGUGCUGGAUUGCGAGGAAGGCAAGUGUGAGCACAAGUGUGAGGAUGUGCCAGGCGGCUACAGCUGCAGCUGCUUUGAUGGAUUCAUUACAGACCCCCAAAACCCGCACAAAUGUGCCAGAUUUUGCAACCAGACAGAAUGCCCAGCAGACUGUGACCCCCACACUCUGGAUAGUUGUUACUGCCCCGACGGCUUUAUUCUGAACGAGGGUGACAGGGGUGAAAAGAUGUGUCAGGAUGUGGACGAGUGUGAGCAGGGCUAUUGUGACCAGCUCUGCACGAACGAGCCAGGCCACUACAGGUGUCACUGCCAGGAGGGGUACGUCCUCUCUGACCAGCGCACGUGUUCUCCUGAGGAGGAGUCGUCAGGUGAGACGGAGCCCUACCCCAAAACAGUGGCUCCCACCCGCGCCCCACCGAAGGCAGACAGCCUCCACCCCGGAGCGCUGAUCGGAAUCAGCAUGGGCAUCCUGGCCACGCUUUUGGCCCUGCUGGCCAUUCUCUACCACCUGGUGAAGAAGCACUGCCCGGCCCGCGGCACCAUGGAUUAUAAAUGCAGCAAGAGCACGGAAAAGGAAGUGGUGCUGCAGCAAGUUACCCCCAGGUGCCCUUCUGCCAGCCAGAAACUGUGACGACAUCCCAUGGGGCCGAAAGCAAAGGGAUGAAACUGGUUGGAAUUUUCCAAAAUUCCAAUGAAACAGUUUCUAGGGCAGUUACUUAAACGUUGCAUGAAAAAUAUUCUCUGUUUUUCAGCCAGCUGCAGAAAAAUAUGCUGUCCAAGAGAUGGAAACACUGACUAGCAUGGCAGACAGUGCUGAGCUAAUCCCGUGUCUUUAAAGAAACCAGUACAUGCCUUUUGAGUCCCUUCUUUUCCAGUUUUGGCAAUCUGUGUGGGGCUUAAAGAGGGAGAGACGUUGGUGAUUUUUUUGUGCAUUGACAAAACUGCCCUCGUUUGGAACUGACUGCUGAAAUCUAUGUUGACUAUCAAACAAGAGCAUAGACGCAACUGACUGUUGAAAAGUUAUAGACUUUGAACUGGUCUGCCUCUAGACACAGUGUCAUGAGUUCUUUCCAGCAAUCAGGAAUAGCUGGGAUACCUCUGCGACACAUGAAUUAGGUUUGGUUUAUUUUUUUUUUUUGCUUCCCCUACCUUCCGUAGUCCUGUCCUCUUGCUUCUCUGUAAGAAAUUGCAUCUCCUCUCGUCUGCGUGUCUUAGGGGGCUCUCCUGCUAGUCAUCAAUGCAGUGUGGGCACUUUGCAUAUGAAAUCAAGAGCAAGGAAAAGCUCCUAAUGGACUUCCUGGCAUCUGUGCUCCUUCUCCCUUGGAGGGGUCAAAACUGCUUAUGUUGCUGCUGUUUGUUGUUGCAGGAUUUUGGGGAGCGGGGGGAGACAUGGAGCUGUCAGUGAUGCGUCAUUCUUGCUGAGGUAGAAAAGCUUUCCCAUCUGGUAGUUCUGUCUUCCGUUCACAUUUUUCUCUGGACGUUUUGUUCCCUUUUUCUCGCCAUCAGGUUAAAAUAUCAUUAACAAAACCACUUUAUAUUAAUGGCAGGGCUUUUUUUCCCAGCGCUGCUAAGUCCUUCUGCCCCUGUCCAGAUCACUGGUACCAAUCCUACCUACACAGUGGUAAGACUUCCAUUGAUUUCCAUGGGAGCAGGAUCAGGCCAGCUCUGUCUGCCAUCUGGUCUUAUAAGACCCGGAGUCAGCCCAAAGGUCCGGCUAGCCCCGGAUCCUGUCUUCCGACAGUGGCCGACGCCAGGUGCCCCAGAGGGAGUGAACAGAACAGGGAAUCAUCUCAGUGAAUAAAAUCUGAAAACCGUUCACACUUUCCUUUCUGGAUUCUUUUAUGAAUUGUUUGAGAUGAAGGCUUAGGAGGCUGUAAAAGCUGAGAGUCAAAAGGAGAGUGUGGAAGAAAAUAAACCCGCAUGCUGGGAGAACUAAGGACCUUUUUUCUGCUUCUGUUAAGCUGCUGGAAGCUUUGAUGCUGGCUUCAAGAGGAGCACAAUUCAGCUCUACCAGAUAGGGUUCUGUGUGUAUAAAGUCGUUAUCUGCAGCCGUGUUCAAUUUUCUAGCAGUGCAUUUUACAGUUCUGGGCUAGCAAGCCCGGACAGAUAAGUGACUGAAAAUGAACUGACUGUAAAGAAACAUGUUGCUGCCACCUAGCUGUUCUUAAGAAACAGUUCUUACUGUUCAGAGAUUGAGAAAAACUUGGUUUUCCUAGUCUCAGAGGGGUAACCAUGUUCAUUUGUAAAUUUAAAAACCAGUAGUCCUGUGGCACCUUAGGCUACGUCUACACUGCAGCGCUAUUUUGGGAUACUGGAGUAUCCCGAAAUAGUGAUCCCACGU